AUGCACCUCGCCACCGUUGCAAGCGUCUCAACGACUCUUCUGAGCUUUAUGGCUGUCCCUGUCAUCAACGCCAGGCAGCUACCGAGAGACGGCAUGAGCGACCCGACCCCUAUCUCUGCACGCGGUGUUGACUGGGACAACACGGACGAGCCUUACGAGGUCUUCCUCACCAUCUGCAUGUGCGAAUGCUACGAAAAGAUGAUACCACCCUCAGACCGCCUUGCUCGGGUUUGGGACAGGUGCUGGAAGAACUGCGUGGCUAGGCUGCCUAGCGACCGCGACCGCAACGAUGCAAUCGAUUGGUAUGGAAAGGCGAUCAAGGAGGAGGCUGAUGUUAGGGAGCCGUUCCCUCCCGAGUCGGGCUGCAGGGAAGCCGAAGCGGUGAAGGCGAAGACGCAGAAAAAGGCAGGAAAAAAGAUCGACAUGCACCUCGCAUACGGCGAUUUCUACAGAAAAUAG